AUGCACCUCGCCUAUCGUGUUAUCACCUCACCUCUGUUUAACAUGGGAUUAACUCAUCGCUACUUGGAAGCCUUCAAAGCUGCGGACAAGGACGGAAGUGGAACCCUCACUCGCAGCGAACUGAAAAGCGUAUUGACUUCUAGAGGGAUCCCCAUAUCCGAAAUUGACAAUCUCAUGAAUCAACUUGAUCUUAAUGGCGACGGCAUCAUUACGUUGGGAGAAUACAAAAUUGCGCUGGGAAUAUCCACCCAACCACUUGAAGCAUGGCGGGAGCUUUUUGAAGAGUUGGACAAAGACCAAUCGGGAUCAAUUGAAGUUGCAGAACUAAAACAUUUCCUCGAUGAUGCCAACAUGGAUUCACUUGUUCCUGUCUUGGAUGACUGGAUAGCGGAUUAUGAUGUGAACAAAGAUGGAAAAUUACAAUACAGAGAAUUCCUUGGUUUCAUAGCCACACUUGAGGACUAA